AUGGCAGAAGCCGAGGACGCAGACGCUUCAAUGGCGCGGCUGCCGACAAUGAGGGUGUCCAUAGAUCAUGCGCUGCUGGGCACGCAAGAGUUUGAUAUCGACCUCAACCUCGGUCUGAACGAGACUGAGUUACAAGCAGUUGCAAGCGCACACAGUGAAGAGGUUGAAACGAGUGCGGACAGUGAAAGGCAACCGAGCAUUACUCAGAAAUUCUCUGAGCUGUACUUCUAUGGAAUAUUUGGCUUUAUCCUUAUCAACUUCGCAUGGAUAGGGAUGGUUGUAAUCAUCAACCGGGUGUAUGGAUUCAACGUAUUCGCGCCGUGA